GGGACGGAAGCGACCAGAGUUGGGGACCGCUGGGCCGCCGGCCGGGAAACUAGUGGCAAGACCCGACUAGUGGCGCCCAGCCGUGAGUGGCGGGCCCGCGAAGAGCACCAGGUCGGAGCCCCGCCAGCCCGCAGGCCGCGGUCACCGCCAUGGACCCCUUCCUGGUACUGCUGCACUCGUUGUCGGCCAGCCUGUCGAGCAGCGAGCUAACCGAGCUCAAGUUUCUAUGCUCCAGGCGCGUGGGCAAGAAGAAGCUGGAGCGCGUGCAGAGCGGCCUCGACCUCUUCUCGGUGCUUUUGGAGCAGAACGACCUGGAACCCGAUCGCACCGAGCUGCUUCGCGAGCUGCUCGGCUCCCUGCGCCGCCAUGACCUGUUGCGGCAACUGGACGACUUCGAGGCCGGGGCCGCGGGCGGGGUCCCGCCCAGGGAGGAAGACCUGCGUGCAGCAUUUGACAUCAUAUGUGACAAUGUAGGAAAGGACUGGAAAAGGCUGGCUCGUCAGCUUAAAGUCUCUGACGCCAAGAUGGAUGGCAUCGAGGAGAGAUAUCCCCGCAACCUGAUGGAACGGGUGAGGGAGUCCCUGAGAGUCUGGAAGAACACAGAGAAGGAGGCAGCGACGGUGGCCUGCCUGGUGGAGGCGCUCAGGGUAUGCCGCAUGAACCUGGUGGCUGACCUCAUAGAGGAGGACCAGCAGGCCCGGAGGCUCCAGAAUGGAGGUAGCGCUGUGUCCCCAACGCUAUAGGACUCAGAGACCUCUGUCUCGGAAGUCCCCUGACUGGCUGCUGCUAUGCCCCUGAGGAGCACAGGCAUCUGCACAGACUGCACUUUGGUCUUCUCCACAGGGGUAGCUGGUGCCCAGUCCGUGAAAACACAGCAGGGAGCCAAGCCGAGCGAGUCCCGCUCUCACACACACUGGCGGCUUCUGAGUUCAGGCUGUGCUUUUUGCCUGCCCACUGCUCAGAUACUUCCAUUUAUCCAUCUCCAUCACUCCUAGAGUGAGAGCCUGUCGUCUUGAUUAAACAGGUUCCUGCAGGAGAAAGUUGGGAGUGUGUGGCACUUAGAAGAAAUCUACACAGCAGCAGUUACCUGCUGUUACUCUGCAGGCGAGCAGGUGGUCUCAGGCUGAGGAAUUGGAGCAGGGUCCACACACGGCAGCAGGAUAGCUGGGGUCUGAACCCACACCAUCUGGUCCCAGAGGCCAUGCCUUUAGCCAUUGUCAUUCUACUGCCCCCUCAGUUGGCAAAAGGAAUAUUUGGUCCCGUUCCUUGGGGGCUGUCACGUUAGACCUGGACACAAGGAUCGGGUGAUAGGAAGUACUGGCACCUCGUGGUCAGGAGUCUGGAGACCUGGUUGAGCCCAGUGCUCAGCCCAUGAAGGACCAAGUCUCCCAAGGCUGAAGAGCGGGGAUGAGGCGCCACAGGAUGAGCUGAGAUGUCUGUAGCAGUCAGCAGUCAGUACUCACACAUGGUCUUGUACGGAUUAUGACUCCUGUGAUUCUGUAGUUUCUUCCUAUUUUGUAUCAAAAUCACUAUCUUUCUAACAACAAAACUGGCGAGGAGGUGGGAUCCUUUAAUCCUCUUGGUUCUGAGGUGAUCCUAUUAAAGCAAAUGCUUCUAUGAUGGAAGUCUCCAUAUUACAAAGAAUUUUCCAAUCCUGUUGAUACACUAGAGAGUCCCAAGAGCUUCAGUGUCCUUUGUGCCUUGUCAUGGGCAUGCCCUGGGAACAGGGCAGCUGGAUCACCUGACAACUCAUUUCGAGUGAGCACAGUGCCUUCCCUGAGCAAGCAGUGGCCUGCUGGUUGUGGAAUUUGUUGCUUCAGGGAUCUGCUUGCCCCUGAUUUUGGUGGCAUCAAAAUCAAAGCCAAGUGAUCAUUCUUUCUUUCAACUCUGCAGCUGUGACCUUGGGAAAAUGUCAUGCCAUACUGUGCCAUCUUAACCUUGCCCGCUGAAAUCUUAGCCAAGGUCAUGGGAACACUGCACUAAACUGUGGGCCUUGGCCUUUGAGCCCCUCCACACCUUCCCAGGUAAUUCUGGAUACCAGCCACCAUGCUGGGAGUCAGCCAUGACAGUGAAUGAGACAAGUGGCCCUGCCCUGUUGGCCCUGAAAGCCUGGCCAGGAGCACAAGUCCAUCACUAGAGUGGGUACUGCCAGGGAGCUAAGCUGUCAGGUGUGGACUGACACUGUCAGCCCUGUACACCCCACCCCAGCAACACCUGUCUACCUCUUCAAGCUUCAGCUCAGGGCUAGUUCUGCAGAGAAAAACAUAAUCUUGUCAUGGACUCUGAAUGUGAGCAGUUGGCUUUGGGGAAUAAAUUUUCCAGAAGGGAAAAA